CACCCGAUGUCCUCGGCGCCCGACAAGCAGCAGCCUCCGCUGGGCGGAGGGGGCGGCGGCGGAGGGGGCGGCGGCGGCGGCGCGGCCAUGGACCCCGCGGCGUCCGGCCCGGCCAAGGCCAAGAAGACGAACGCGGGCAUCCGGCGGCCCGAGAAGCCGCCGUACUCGUACAUCGCGCUCAUCGUCAUGGCCAUCCAGAGCUCGCCCAGCAAGCGGCUGACGCUCAGCGAGAUCUACCAGUUCCUGCAGAGCCGCUUCCCCUUCUUCCGCGGCGCCUACCAGGGCUGGAAGAACUCGGUGCGCCACAACCUCUCGCUCAACGAGUGCUUCAUCAAGCUGCCCAAGGGCCUGGGCCGGCCCGGCAAGGGCCACUACUGGACCAUCGACCCGGCCAGCGAGUUCAUGUUCGAGGAGGGCUCGUUCCGCCGGCGGCCCCGCGGCUUCCGAAGGAAGUGCCAGGCGCUCAAGCCCAUGUACAGCAUGAUGAACGGCCUGGCCUUCAACCACCUCCCGGACACCUACGGCUUCCAGGGCGGGCCCGGCGGCCUCUCCUGCCCGCCCAACGGCCUGGCGCUGGACGGCGGCCUGGGCGUGAUGAACGGCCACUUGCCGGGCAACGUGGACGGCAUGGCCCUGCCCGGCCACUCGGUGCCCCACCUGCCCUCCAACGGGGGCCACUCGUACAUGGGCAGCUGCGGGGCGGCGGCGGCGGCCGGCGAGUACCCGCACCACGACGCCUCGGUGCCCGCCUCCCCGCUGCUGCCCGCGCCCGCCGGCGGGGUCAUGGAGCCGCACGCCGUGUACUCGGGCUCGGCCGCCGCCUGGCCGCCCGCCGCCUCCGCGGCCCUCAACAGCGGCGCCUCCUACAUCAAGCAGCAGCCCCUGUCCCCCUGCAACCCCUCCGCCAACCCCCUGCCCGGCGGCCUCUCCACGCACUCCCUGGACCAGCCCUACCUGCACCAGAACAGCCACGGCGCCCCGGCCGACCUCCAAGGCAUCCCGCGCUACCACUCGCAGUCGCCCAGCAUGUGCGACCGGAAGGAGUUCGUGUUCUCCUUCAACGCCAUGGCGUCCUCGUCGGUGCACGCGGCCGGCGGCGGCUCCUACUACCACCAGCAGGUCACCUACCAGGACAUCAAGCCCUGCGUGAUGUAGGCGCGGCCGGCCCCGCC